GUCGAACUUCGAUAAGUUGAACUUCGAUAACUCGAAUUUUUAAUAAGUCGAACCAAAUCGGUUGGCAAUAGCGUCAAAAGUAGAAAAUGUGUGUUAAUUUGUCUUGAUUACUCGAACUUCGAUUACUCGAAUAUCUCGAUAACUCGAACGAAAUAUUUGACGCCAUCUUCGAUAAGUCGAAUUUUCUCGGGGAAUCCCCCAAUUACGGCAGAUCUUAACCUGUCUUUUUUAACAUAUUUAUGCAGGCAGUUCAGUUUCUGUGCUUGCUAAGUUUACGUGUAUGACUUACUAGUUAAUACUAAGUAAAAAAUACUGUGCCGAUUCAAGGUACACAUUAUAUUAAAGAAAUUUUCGCAUUUCUUAAUAUGUCAUCAAAACGUACUUUAAAGACUUUGUCUGUUGAUCAAAAAUUCAAGCUUAUAAAAGAAGUGGAAAGUGGUUUAAAAACAAAGAUGUAGCUGUGAAGUACGGUAUUUCUGCAAGUACAGUGUCUACAUCUUAAAAAAUAAACAUUCAGUCAUCACCGCAAUGGAAAGUGGUAGUGCAAGUGGGAAUAUCAAGAGGCUAAAAAAGCCUAUGUAUGAAAAUGUAGACAUAGCAGUUUUAGAGUGAUUUAAAUCGGCAAGACGGCAGAUCUUACCUAUAUCCGGGGGGUUAAUCAAAGAAAAGGCAUUAGAGUUUAGUGAAAAACUAGGACAACCAAACUUUAAGGCAAGCACCGGUUGGCUCAAUAAUUGGAAACGCAGAUCAGGCGUAUGCCAUAAAAAGGCUUGUGGAGAAAGCAGUGACGUAAGUGACGAAGAUUGUACUAAAUGGAGGCGUGAUGUUUUACCCUAUUUAUUAGAAGGAUAUCAAGCACGGGACGUGUUCAAUGCAGAUGAGACGGGAUUAUUUUUCAAAUGUCUUCCAGAUAACACUUUAACUUUAAAAAAUAUGAAGUGCCAUGGAGGUAAGCAUAGUAAACAGAGAGUUACACUGAUGCUUCUUGCAAACAUGGAUGGAUCAGAAAAAGCAAAAUUGCUUUUAAUAGGUAAAAGUAAGCAACCUCGCUGCUUUCGAAAUGUUAAGUGGUUACCUCUUGACUAUAAAGCAAAUGCAGACGCUUGGAUGACAGGCGCACUUUUUGAAGAAUGGCUAUUAAAAUUGGACAAACAAUUUAAAAACCAGGGAAGGAAAAUUAUUGUUUUUAUUGACAACUGUCCAGCUCAUCCUAAAGACAUCCAGAAAAAAUUAAAAUGUAUUAAACUGACUUUUUUUCCGCCGAAUAUGACGUCUAAGUUACAACCACUUGAUCAGGGAAUCAUACAAUGUUUAAAAUGUCAUUAUCGCCGAAGAAUUUUGAAAAAAUCUAUCAAACGUUUUGAAGAAAACAAGAACAAUAACAUUACCCUUAUUGAUUGUGUUGACGAUGUAACUACCGCAUGGGAUAUCGACGUUAAACCUGAAACAAUUUCCAAUUGUUUUAAAAAAGCCGGUUUUGGUCAGUAUUCUGAAUGGGAAGAAGAGGAUGAAAUUCCCUUGAUUUUCCUAAGUGAACGCCUGAAAGAAAAGAGUGAAGACGAAAUCCAACUAGAAAUCGAGUUUAAAGGUUGGACAAACAUAAGAGGUAUAGCAGAAGGUAGCACCAUCAACGAUUUUAUACGUGUGGAUGAGGAUAUUGUUACUUCAGAGUUUCUUACCGAUGAAGAUAUUAUCGAGUCUUGCAGAUCCGAACCGGUACAGUUGAACAUAGAAGAUGACUGCGAAAGUGACACGAUGGAGGAGGAAUUUGAAGAUGAUUUCCAGCAACCACCUUCGAAUAAAUUGGUUGAAAAUUCGUUGAGUGUCUAGCAUUCCUAUUUAAAAACCAGUGAAUAUACAACCGAUUCUAUGUAUGAGUGUCUAAAUAAAAUUGAAACUUUUGUGGAAAACCAAAAUAAGAAAUUCGGUCGGCAGUCACAAAUAACUGACUUCUUUACAGUAAAAGAGUAAAUACUAUGUACAUACAUAUAUGUUAUGUACUACUAUUUUGUUUUUUAUAAUUUUCGUUGUGUUCAAAAAUCAUAGAUAUUAAGGCUUUUAUGUAAACAUGUUACCCAUUUUUACUGAAAUACCUAAAUAUAAUAAAUAAAUGUUCAUUCACAAAAUAGUACAUGCAUUUGUACAGUUAACAUUGAUAACUCGAAGUCUCGUUAACUCGAAAUUUUCAUGUGUCAAAUCGCUGUUCGAGUUAUCGAAGUUCGACUGUAG